AUGCUCGACACAGUCUGCACGCUUCCGCUUUCCUCGGACCUGUUCGCUCAGGCUAUCCACCCCGAGGAGCCGGUAGUCUCUGUCGGUUUGGCCUCGGGUCACGUUCAGACAUUCCGAUUGCCUUUUGUAGAAGCUGAGGAUGAUGACGACGGUGCUUCGAACUCCUCUGCCCGCAACGGGAAGGGCCAUAUUGACACAAUGUGGAGAACUCGACGACACAAGGGUAGUUGCCGUACCCUAGGGUUCAGUACUGAUGGCAAAACGCUCUACUCGGCUGGUACAGACGGUAUGGUGAAGGCUGCAAGCACCGAGACUGGCCAGGUACAAAACAAGAUUGCAAUUCCGCUUGAGAAGAACGGUUCUAUCGAUGCGCCAACCAUGAUUCAUGCUCUUUCUCCUCAGACUCUUCUCCUCGGUACUGACUCGAGCGCUCUGCACCUAUACGAUCUCCGCAUCCCGUACUCAAAGGUAUCCGCGCGCCCUGAGCAGUCGCAUCACCCCCACGACGACUACAUUUCCUCUCUUACCCCUCUGCCCGCUUCCAACACUAGUACUUCGGGCUUCAGCAAGCAAUGGGUUACAACUGGUGGCACUACCCUGGCCGUGACAGAUCUGCGGAGGGGCGUUCUGGUCCGCAGCGAGAACCAGGAAGAAGAAUUGGUGAGCUCCGUCUAUAUGGGUGGUUUACCAAAUAGCGGAACCAGCCGAGGUGAAAAGGUCAUCGUUGGUGGAGCCAGCGGUAUUCUCACUCUUUGGGAGAAGGGUGCGUGGGACGACCAGGAUGAGCGGAUCUACGUCGACCGCAGUGCCGAUGGUGGUGAUUCCAUUGAGGCAUUGGCUGUUGCUCCCGACUACUUGGGCAAGAUCAUCGUUGCAGGUCUUGGAAGCGGCAAAGUGAAGUUUGUGCGCGUCGGUGGCAACCAGGUUGUUUCUGAGGUUGUGCACGAUGAGAUCGAUGGCGUUGUUGGCCUGGGCUUUGAUGUCGAGGGCCGCAUGGUCUCCGGCGGUGGUCAAACCGUCAAGGUCUGGCACGAAGCUGCGGACAAUGUCGGUGAUGGAUCUGGCGACGAAGACAUGAUGGAUGAUAGCGAUGAUGAUCAGGAUUCGGAUGACAGUGAUGCGAAACCUCGCGAGGACCCGAAGGACCGUAAGAAGCGCAAGAAGUCCAAGGGCAAGGGCUUCAGCGGUGGUCAGCAUGUUAUGGCUUUCCACGACUUGGACUAA